AUGGCAUCGACCACAGGAAAGCGGAAGCGCAACGAUGUCCCGACGAAGCCCGUGAAAAAGAUUGCCAGCAGCAGCACAAAACCUGCUCCAAGGCUACAAGGGAAUGGAACUACGACGAAUGGCCACAAACAGGACGAUAAGGCUCUGGCUCCAUCAAACGGGACAAGUAGCAAGCAACAUAACAGCAGUGCUCCGGUCCACAUUCAAAUCGUCACCGGAUCCUACGAACGGGUGCUUCACGGCUUUGCAGCAAGAAUUCCUCGAUCAAAAUUAAACGUCGACUCUGACCCUGCCACCACGCAAAAGCGAGCAGAUGAAGUCUCCUUCUCCGACAGCUUCCUCUUCGCCGCCCACUCCUCCGCCAUCCGCUGUCUAGCUCUCUCAUCUUCAGCAGAAGCGGACAAAUGCCUCCUCGCGACCGGAAGUUCAGAUGAGCGCAUCAAUAUCUACAGUCUCUCCACCGUCCCGCCAUCUCCCUCUGCACCCAACCUGCCCUCCCUCUCCGGAACUGCUAUCGCCGAGAAUCCUCGCAACAAGUCUCUCGGCAGUCUCACUCACCAUGACCGCGCGAUAACAGCUCUCCAAUUCCCGACCAAAUCGAAGCUCUUCAGCAGCGCCGAGGAUGCCACCAUCGCCAUAUCCCGGACCCGCGACUGGACGGUCCUCUCCUCCAUCAAAGCGCCCAUACCGAAACCUCAAGGUCGUCCUUCAGGCGAUACAGCCGGACCGGGAGAAGUGCCAGCUGGUGUCAACGAUUUUGCGAUCCACCCUUCUCAAAAGCUCAUGCUGAGCGUCGGCCGCGGAGAGAGAUGUAUGCGACUGUGGAAUUUGAUGACUGGCAAGAAAGCUGGUGUGUUGAAUUUUGAUCGAGAUCUUCUCAUUCAAGCGGGCGAGAGCAAGUUCAGCAGUGGUGAGGGACGGCGGGUAUUGUGGGAUGGUGAGGGUGAAAAUUACGUGGUCGGAUUCGAACGUGGUGCGGCGCUAUUCGGUAUCGACUCGAAGCCGAAAGCGGUCAUUCGACCUUCACCGUCUUCGAAGAUCCAUCAGAUGCGUUUUCUGCCAACGACGGAGGGCGAGCCGAGCGUUCUUGCGCUAUCGACCGAAGACGGGAGGAUCCUCUUCUACGAUCUGGAGGGUAGCGCUGAAGCUGCGGACGCCUCGAAACUUCCUCUGGCUUCCUGUAUCGCCCAACUUGGAGGUGCCAAUGCCGGUAUUAGCGGACGAGUGAAGGACUUUGAGAUUCUAAAGCUGGGCACACCGGGAAGCGAGGAAUCCCUGGUCUUUGUGACUGCCAGCAGCGAUGGCGCCGUGAGAUUAUGGAACGUCCUUCGAUCGCAAUUGAAGACCGGCAGCGAAAGUGAGGAACCGACGCAGGUUGGCCAGCUCAUCGCUACUCAUGAGACAGGCAACCGCAUCACUUGCCUUGGAGCGUUCUUGUUAGAUGGCAAGUCUAGUGGUGUCGAGGAGCCUGAGGAGGAGGGAGGUGCUGACGAAGGUGAGGAGGAAGAUAGCUCUGAGGAUGAUGCCGAGUAG